AUGCCAAGCUACAGUUCGGGUUCUUUUUCUUCCAGGCACUCGUGGGACAGUUCAUAUUACCGAGCUGAUGGAGAAGGUGGUAUGAGAGAAUUGUGUUGGUGUGGUCUCCUGAUGGUUAUCAGGGAUUCGAAGUCAGAAGCCACCCGAGGAAGAAAAAUGUACACUUGCCCAGAUUGGACAUUUGAGAGGCCUUGCCCGAAUCAUAACCACAUAUGGAAAUGGUGGGAGGACGCGGUUACAGAAGAGCUAUCAACUCUGAAAAUUCGAGUUGAUAAUGCCACAUCUGGGAUAAAAAGUUUGCAUAACAUGGGAGUUGUCCGAAACUGCCUUCCUGAGACUAUCUCGUUUGAGACACAUCAAUCCGAAAUUAGGCAACUCAGAGAGCAACUAUCUGGGAUGGAAAGAGAGAUUGGAAGGAUGAAGGAAUUGAUUGCCAACCGAGGUGAUGGAUAUGUGAUAAUCGCUUUUUUCAUGCUGUUUGCUGUGUUUUCAUAUCUUUUCAAGUAG